AUGAGGUUGAUCCGAGAUUUGUCUAAUUAUGUAGGAGCGGAAGAUAUAAUUCAUGUUCCGUUGGUGGAGGAUGUUACUGAAGAUAGAUUGGUGUGGAAGGAAGAAACAAAUGGUCAAUAUAGCGUUCGUUCAGGUUACCGUGUUUGGAAGAAUAGUAAGAAGUCUCAUAACCCGGAGAAUGGUGUGGAAGAUUGGAACGAUUUAUGGUAUAUUCUCGCUCCCCCUCGAGUAAAACAUCUUCUUUGGCGGAUUUGUAAGGGUUGUUUGCCUUUCCGGGCCCGUCUAAGUCAACGUCAAGUUCCUUGUCCUACAAAUUGUCAUUUUUGUGGCUUAACGGAGGAGGAUGAUCGGCAUAUAUUUUUUGUGUGUUCGGAAACUAACUCUUGUUGGAGGGCUGCAGGUUUGUUUGAUAUUGUUGCACCUCUUCUUCACCGCCAUAAUGAUAUUAAAUCCCUUAUUUUGUAUGUGUGUAGUAAGGUGGAUAGGAAGGUGGCCGGGCUGUUUGCGUGUAUGAUUGAGAUGUUAUGGCAGAAUAGAAAUGACUUCAUUUGGAACAAUGAGAAGGAGGAGGCGUCUAGGCUUUGGUGGUUAGCCUUUCAUAAGUGGCAAGAAUGGUUUUUGGCUCAAAAUUCUCAAGUUAACGAGGCUGCCCCCUAUCAAUCAUCAUUGGAUUUCGCCUCCUUCUGGUUGGUUCAAGUGCAACGUCGACGCGGGUUUUAA